AUGAAACCAACUUCUCAGCCUAAUGAACCUACCAAACGGCAAUCAUCAGAUAAUAUGUGGGCGUUUUUACAUGAUUUGAAGGGCCAUCAACUAACGAACGAACAGAAAAAUGAUAUCCUGAUCAUCAAAGCUGCAUUAAGGUGAGUUGUGUGACUAGAGUGGUGUUUAUGGCCUUUUUACAUUUAAUUUAAAGUGAAACAAAAAAAAAAAAAAGAAAAAAAACACUACAACACCAUAAGUCACUAAGUAAACUCGCCUACCUGCACUAACUGUCCAGGCAGCAUUUUGCAAAUAUUGUAGUAAUAUAGAAUAAAAAUCAAUAUAUCUUUGUCGCGUAAGCUAACCUUAGAUGUUGUCAUUUCCGAAAGCACAGCAAAGAAGAAAUGUACUUUUUUAGUUUUACGCAGAUUCCUACCACCAUUCACCAAGAACUAAGAGCUAAGUUGAAGCUGCCAUUACUACAUUUGUUACGUUCAUACUAUACUGGUCGUUUCGAUAGAAGUCUUUUCGAUACAAAUUUAUUCACUCAAGGUGUAAAUAGUUUCCCGUACUUGGCUUAAUUAAAGAACGAAGAUAUUCACCCAAAAUGUUUUUCUUGUUCACACGCAAACUACACUUGAAGUGAACAAAAUUUUUGUGCAAUUUCACUCCUUGAGUUUGUAUCGAAUCGACUUGUAUCGAAACGACCGGUUUUCUGCUUGAACGAACCAACCCGUCUGACCCAUGGACACUGCCUGAAAAAAACUAAAAAAAUUUCCGGUCUCAAAGCUUAAAAACAUAAUUAUGCUAAAUGGCAGAUUGAAGCUGUUAGAGAUGUUGCGUACGAUCUUCAUCAUUUAAACGUUCGCUCCCUCGAAGGAAUAAAUGGUUUUCACAGUGACGUCAUCAAAUUGUAAAGUCAAAAUAGCGAGGUUUCACGAAUUCUUAUUUACACUAGGUUGAAGAUAAACAAAAAUAAAUCUUUGUACAAGUUUCCAUUCCCGUAGCAUGUUUCAUUUCGAAAAUACAGCAAUUUGAACUUCCAAGUUUUCACAGUGCGUGACACCAAUUGAAAAUAGGAAUGCUGUCUCGUUGAAAAAAAGUCUCUCCUCUUGAUUUUCAGCAGUAUAACCAUUUUAAGUGUUAGAAGAUAUGUCUAUGCGCCCGUAUUCUAGUUUUCGAGUGAAAAAAAGAGCUUUUAAUAGAAAAAGUGAACUCCAGAUGUUUUUUUUUUAUUUCUGGCGGCCAUAUUGGUGCACCAAAACGGUGCACCCAUCAGUGGCAUCUCCAUAAAAAGCUCUACAGAGGUGCGUGAAACGUUUCGGCAAAUAACUCAGAAACUGUGGGUCACAAAGACCCGAGACUUGGACAAAUUGUUUAUAAAUUAGUCUUUUAUAACAUUUUGUCUUCUUGGUUUCUUCCACUAAACGGUUUCCAACUUAAUUUUUCGUUGCAUGACAGUGGAAACGACCUAUAUCUUAGCUUCGCUAUUUUUAAACGAAACUGUCGAAUCAGGUCAAAUUUUUGUUGCCUGCCCAUACGCAGACAGCGCUUCUUAAGCUAAUCCAAAAUGGCGUUUUCACUCAUCCAUGCAACCAGGCCUUUGCCGUACAAACAUUUUGACGGCCAAAUUUUCAAUCGCACCGACUAACAAUUUUAUCGUUAGCACGGUUCCGUGUGAACGAAACACCUUAACCCACUAAUUUCCAUUUGGUCCAAAAUUGGUCGGUAACGUGUUUCAACAACGUUAAUUAACGUAUUUUAAGGAGGACCUUAGAUAACAAUGACCUCACCAGUUUGACGUCUAGCGGUUUAGUGAAAACAAGGGUUUGGGUGGGUGCUCAGUCUCGCGGGAUCAUAAAACCUGAGUAUUAUUUAAGGAUUUUCGUAUUUUAAGGUCUAGAGCCUACUUGACAAGCCCUCAAGGUCAUGUGGGAAGCUGAAAGCUCCUUUGUAAUCUGACAUAACAUCGCAGUUGUCACAAUGGUAUGAAUCUUGCUUUGUCCCUUCUUGCUCAAUGCAUUUUGGACUCGCUGGGACCACGUGACCCAAAACGCAUCGGUCGCGCGCAAUAAUAAGGCCUAGGAACCAGGCAUAAGCGCGUCGGUGUGUUUAUGUUUCGAGGUUGGCCGCAAGCCGGAAACAGCUUUAUGACAGGUCUCUGGCACUGGCGGUAAUCUAACUUAUAUUAUUGACUUAAUAUAGAUUUCUUUACUUUACUUUUAUGGCUAGUUCUUUAAACAAGACGCUAGCGGAAAACCAGGAUAUGGAACCAACUUCUCAGCCUAAUGAACCUACCACACGGCAAUCGUCAGAUGAAGUGUGGGCGUUCUUAGAUGAAUUCAAGGGCCGUCAACUAACGGACGAACAGAAAAAUGAUAUCCUGAUCAUCAAAGCUGCAUUAAGGUGAGUUGUGUGACUAGAGUGGUGUUUAUGGCCUUUUUACAUUUAACUAAAGUAAAACAAAAAAAAACAAAGAAAGGAAGAAAAACUACCAAAGACCUGAGACCUGGACAAAUUGUUUAUAAGUUAGUCUUUUAAAACAUUUCGUCUUCUUGGCUUCUUCCACUAAACGGUUUCCAACUUAAUUUUUUGUUACAUGACAGUGAAAACGAUCUAUAUCUUAGCUUCGCUAUUUUUAAACGAAACUGCCGAAUCAGGUCAAAUUUUUGUUACCUGCCCAUACGCAGACAGCGCUUCUCAAGCUAAUCCAAAGUGGCGUUUUCGCUCAUCUAUACAACCACGCCUUUGCCGUACAAACAUUUUGACGGCCAAAUUUUUAAUCGCACCGACUAAAAAUUUCACCAUUAGCAUGGUUCCCUGUGAACGAAACACCUUGACCCACGAAUUUCCAUUUGGUCCAAAAUUGGUCGGUAACGUGUUUUAACAACGUUAAUUAACGUAUUUUAAGGAGGACCUUAGAUAACAAUGACCUCAACCAGGUUGACGUCCAGCGGUUUUAGUGAAAACAAGUGUUUGGGUGGGAUGCUCAGUCUCGCGGGCUCAUAAAACCUGAUUUUUAUUUUAAGAUUUUCGUAUUUUAAGGCCUCGAGCUUACUUGACAAGACCGCAAGGUCAUGUGGGAAGCUGAAAGCUCCUUUGUAUUCUGACAUAACAUCGCGGUUGUCACAGUGGUAUGGACCUUGCCUCGUCCCUUCUUUUCUCGCUCUGACCACGUGACCCGAAACGCAUCGGCUACGCGCAAUGAGGCCUAGGGUUAGGCAUAAGCGCGUCGGUAUGUUUCGGGGUUGGCCACAAUACGGAAACAGCUUAUGGUAGGUCUCAGGCAUGGGUGGAAAUCUAACUGAGAUCAUUGACUUAAUGCAGAUUUCUUUACUUUCCUUUAAUGGCUAGUUCUUUAAACAAGACGCUAGAGGAGAAACGGGCACCGAAAGAAACAUCUCAACCUAAUGAAACGAUCACACGACAAUCAUCGACUACAGCGGAAUUAUCGACCUCGGAAACAUUACCCACUACUCCAAUUACAAGCAAAUCUUCAACAAAGGAAGCGGCUUCAACACAAAAAUCCUCAACUUUGAAGGUAACGACGACUUCCAGAUCAGCAGAAUUACCGACCACGGAAACAUUAACCACUACCUCAACAAUUAAGCCCACAGCAAAAAUUCCAACGACUAAUGGAGAUACAGUUACAAGCAAAUCUUCAACAAUGGAAGCGGCUUCAACACAAAAAUCCUCAACUUUGAAGGUAACGACGACUUCCAAAUCAGCAGAAUUACCGACCGCGGAAAUAUUAACCACUACCUCAACAAUUAAGCCCACAGCAAAAAUUCCAACAACUAAAAGAGAUACAGUUACAAGCAAAUCUUCAACAAUGGAAGCGGCUUCAACACAAAAACCCUCAACUUUGAAGGUAACGACGACUUCCAAAUCAGCAGAAUUACCGACCACGGAAACAUUAACCACUACCUCAACAAUUAAGCCCACAUCAAAAAUUCCAACGACUAAUAGAGAUACAGUUACAAGCAAAUCUUCAACAAUAGAAGCGGCUUCAACACAAAAAUCCUCAACUUUGAAGGUAUCGACGACUUCCAAAUCAGCAGAAUUACCGACCACGGAAACAUUAACCACUACCUCAACAAUUAAGCCCACAUCAAAAAUUCCAUCGACUAAUAGAGAUACAGGUACAAGGAAAUCUUCAACAAUGGAAUCGGCUUCAACACAAAAAUCCUCAACUUUGAAAGGUAAGCGUAAAAGGUUGGUAACCGACGGAAGUGCAGUUAGAUUAUGCAGCUGCUGCUGCUGAUAAUGAUGAUGAUAAUGAUGAUGAGGAUGAUGAUGAUGAUGAUGAUGAUGAUGAUAGUGACGAGGGUGAAAAUGAUGAUGGCGAUGACGGUGAUGAUGGAGUUCAUAAGGCAGGUUCUUCCGAGACAACGAAUCUCGGUUCCAAUUAAAAUGUGCAAUCGUUCGGUAGGAUUGAAUGCUACUUUCGGGGCUCAAUUGGCCCCUAUGCCAUUGGUCAAGUGAAUUUUUAGUUUUGCUCACAACGUCGUCACUCUGGUCACGUUGUCUUGUUUAAUUUACCUAACGUGAUUUUUGAAUGAUAUAAAAUUACGGCCGCACGUAUGCCCAGAACCUGUUUAAAGUGUUUAUUAGAGUUGGCUAGUCGAAAAGUUUUUAAAAGGCCUAGUCUAAAAAAUAACAAAUUUGAGAUGAUAACAAGGGUUAUUUUAAAUUUUAAAUGACGAUAUGAUCGUCGCAGUGGUAAUUGCAAUUUAAGCAAUUGCAAAUAAACCGGAAAAAAAUUUCGGGACUUCAACCGGAUUCAAACCCAUGGCCUUUGCGUUAGCGCUGCAGUGCAUGUUCUACCAUUUGAGCAAGACCCAUACAUUGGUAGCAGGCCAGUACGUUGAGUUCAUAGCAUGUCAAUAUCAACUACUUCCUCCUUGCGUUGUUUACGUCGUUUACAAACUGCAAACCUGAUACCACUUCUUGGUUAUUCUGGUGAAUUGAUCCGAACAAAAUUUGUUUAUUUGUUGUUUUGGCCCUUUGAAAACUCAAUUUACAUUUUUUGAAAAUAGAUGGGAGUACGACGACUUCUCACAGCAGCACUAGUGGAUUUGAAAGGUAAGUUGAUCGCUUGAAUGCACUUAAAGAACAUGCACAGUUCACUAAGUUUUAAAGUAAAAAGCGAUUUAAUGAUGGAAUGAUAUGCCUCGUGCAUUCUUUCAUUUCAUUAUUGUGGGCGGCAAGAGGAGCCCGCAAUCCUAAUCUCCAGGUUGGUAUUACGCAUGCGUCGCAUGUAUUUAGCCAGCAUUCGUUUGGACUUGCACUCAAUCUCGUACCCAGAGUCUUCGGACUUUCUGACCAAAAAGCCAGAAGACUCUGGGUACGAGAUUGACUUCCAGUAAGGAUGAAUGGAAUGCACAGAACGCAAUUUGAUCACGCGCCUUAGUUUGCACCUUCUCUCACUCGUAAUCUCAUCACGCGUGUUUUGACUACGCAAAGCACAGCGAUGGAGCAAAAGCGUAAAAAAAAAAGCCUGAUCGCACGUUACCGAACGUUAUCGUCCUCACUCUAGAUCUGUGACCUUUGGUCAUUGCUAUUAGGGUAUACGUAAGUGGUAAUUAAAUAUCAGUAGCUGCAUUUCCUGCUUGGAUAUAAGGCCGUGUUUAUAUGGAGAAAAGUUGUCCCAGAAAGGAGGGACACCCUCCCAGCUGAGUCAACUUUAGCGCGCGGUUUAUAUGAGAAAAAAUUUGACCCCUUUGCCCGAGCCAAGACCACUGGCGCAUACUUUGAUUUUCCCGCCUUGACCGAGUUGACCCUGCUGGGCGAGCCAAAGCGUUAAUAUGGAGAAAAGCUGGUCCUGCUAAAGGGGAUGACCCUACCUAAGCCCACUUUUUGUUUCUCAGACAAACGGUUCGCCAAGUUUUGUAAGGAAAUGUAGGAGACAGUGGCGGGUCCAGACCUUCAGAUGAGGCAGGGGCCCGAUCAUCCAGACCCUGAGAUAAGGGGAGCGGGGGGGGGGGGGGGGCUAAAAAAAAAUUUUUUCCCCCUUUUGGGGCUCAGUUUGGGGUUACAAUAGGGCCCCCCCCCCCCGCGCCCGCCACCGGGGGAGGUUGGGCGGCCCCGGGGGCCGCGGGGGGGGGGGGCGCCCCGCCCCGCGGGCCUCAUCAAAAUCUGAAAAGGGGAGCCCCCUCCCCAAGCCCCUUUUUUUUUUCACAAAAAAGCGGGUCGCCAAGUUUUAGAAGGAAGGGUAGGGGGAGGGGGGGGGCCCAGCCCGUCGGAGGGGGGGGGGGCCCGCUCACCCAGACCCGGGAAAAAGGGGGGGGGGGGGGGGGGGGGGUCUAAAAGACAAUUUUUUCCGCCUUUCGGGUCUCAGUUUGGUGUAACAAUAGGGCCCCCCCCCCCUGGAUCCGCCACUGGGAGAAGUUGGCUCGCCCAGGGUAGCUCGGGUAGGUGACUGACCCAUCUGCCCGGGACAUAUAUAAACAAGGCCUAAUUAAUUUCAGCUAUUUUGUCCAUCUUGUAGGAUCACUGAUCCACUUUUUAAACAUUCGAGUAAUUUUCCAGCGGUCUUCAUGGUGGUCCUUGUGGUCAUUGUAGCUAUUUACUUUGGUUAUCACCACAGAAACAAGGUAAGUUUCAGAUCAGUCCGCUAGAAUUGAUGUUGAAUGAAUAGCUUUUCAGCACCUCGAACCCUAUUUACACAAUCAAGGUUUCUUAUUAGGUAGUACCCUGUUUCCAGAGGUGUUUCUUGAAAUUUUUCAAGAAAAACCACCUUGGGACUAGGGUAGCCAGGGAGAAACUUGUCCUUAUGAUAACGUGAUUAAACUUGCUAAGGUACGCAGAGGCUUAGCUUUUCAGAAGCUUUCAAGGUGGCGCGAAACAACUCAUACAAAUAAUGACACUUUUAGUUUGGUCAAAAGAAGAUUUCCCGAUGACUCUAUAUUUGCAAACUUUGCGUUUUUUGUUGUUGUUAUUUAUCGUAGUUUCGUUUUUUUUGUUUGUUUUUAAGGCAGCACUAUGAAUUGUUUGACUAGGUACUCAGUCUAUCUCCACUCGAGUACAGUUAAGGUCCUUAAUUAAGGCAUCAACAAACUCGCCAACUUGACAACAAUGCAAGGAUUAUUACAAACGUAUAUUCAUUAGACGGUCUUGUACCCAUCCUCUUACGACCAAGUCGUUAAAGUAUAAUAGUUGGUGGUGCAGCCCGCGAUCUUAGUCUUGCUCAUCAAACCAGUCUUGAACUGAGCUUUCACAUACAUUUACCUGAUUUACCAUCGUUUAAACGGGUCCAGUCGACAGGGUUGACUGAGACUAUUGCAAAGGGAUAGUUGUUGUCGCACAGACAACCGUAAGCACACGGGUGUAUGCGAAAAAUGGAACGAGCUGCAGUAUGUAAAGCUCAAACCUUUGAUUUGUUAACGCGCUGACGGAGACUGAUCUGCAUCGUCAAUAUUCCUUUUUCUCAUGUUUUUCAGAUCCAUACAUUUUUUAAAGAAGGUGUGUCUCAGCCAAAGCACAGGGGGACAGGUUACCUUAAAGUGAAAGUGGAGGAUGACACCAUAAAUUUACCUCGCGAAGCUAACAGGGAAUACAUUUAUUAA